AUGGCCUUCCACUGUGCACUGGCUCUUUCUGUCGGCGGUCGCAACCGGGUCCACUUGCUCUCGGGUGAGGCAGACUACUUUACGGCGCUCAUGCAUGUGGUGGACAAUGAGUACCACAAUGGGCUUGUCCCGACCUACGUCGACAAUGAGGGUGAAACCAUCACCAUAAGGUCACAGCCUGAGCUGGUCACCGCGCUGUGGACAGGGAGUGGAGGUAUGCUUUCGCUGACACUGCUGCCGGACAAUCGCGGACAGGGUCUGUCGGCCUCGCUCGCCACCCGGGCACGCAACGCCGCGGCUCGGCUGUUCAACCAGGCUGUCCGUGGCGAGAAACAGAUUACCGGCUACGUCCAGGCGGCGGCUGAAGCCAAUGGCGGAGUCAUGGUCGGGCUGGAGCACAGGUUCAAGACCCGUCACUCGAUGGAGCGCAAGUUGCGGGACAAGGCUGCAGCCUUGGCCGAUGACGAUGAGGACGCGCUCUGCGCCUCGAUCAAGGACGCACUGCGGUACACCAUCCAGUUUGAGACCGAGAUGUACUCGAGUGGAGUGGAGAUGGUGCGUCAGGCGCUUAUGCAGGCUGACUUUUAUGACCCCGAGGCCAAUCCGUCCCAAGGUCGCUUCGAGUUUGUCGAGGAGAAGAACUACUGGAUUACCGACGCCCGCAAGGAUGUCUACGCCGCAUUCGACCCAUCGAUGCUGGCUAAUGUCCAGUCGAGCUUUGACAGCGACGUGGGCGGGCAAAAGUACUCGGACGAGGUUUCUGUCAUUCUCUCGGGCAGCGACUACACCAAGCGGAGCGUGACGAGGACGGUCUACUCGAUGACCUCGCGCAACGCUGUCCGGCGUGGUGACGAGUACCAGGGCAUCAACACCGUCAUCCGGAACUCAAACACCGGCAUGCUGUGGGAGCUCCAGUUCCACACCCGCGAGUCGCUCGAAGUCAAGCACGCCUCGCACAAGGUGUACUCCAAGUUUCGGAUCGCCAAGGAUCCGCUGGCCAAGCACACCAUGAUGAGCGAGAUGAUGGAGUUGUGGGACUCUGUUCCGCGCCCGUUGAGAGUCGACCGCAUCGGCAAGAAGGUCGGCUUGCUCGCACCCAAGGGCGAGCUCGAGCCUAUUCCGCCUGAGCAGGAGGAGGAGUACAACCAGGCGCGAAUUAGCAAGCGCCACGCACUCUACCUUGCCCGCUCCAUCCGCGCUCGCUGGACUGUGUUGGAUGGACCCGAGCCCGCCAUCACUGACGUCAUCGAAGAGCUUGCCGCAACCUUUCAUGAGUGCGUGCAGCUCUUUGACCUCACGGAGCGGCUCAUGCCCAAGUAUCCGCUGCGGGCCCGGAUUUCCGAGAUCGCCGAGGUCAUGGCGUGUCCGCUAGAGGAAGCCGCAGCCCGGGUGACCGACGCGCUGCUGUACAACGUCGUCGUCAGGCCGGAAAAGCUGCUGGAAGUUGCCCGGGAAUGGGUGCUGAUUAUGGCCCGCAGCAACGAUCUGGCACUGUUCCUCGUCGCCGCAACCAACGAGUGGCCUCACUCGCGCGGGCUGACGACCUGCUGGCGCGUCGCUGGGCAUGACCAAGUUUUUACCGUCCGCUUCCACACUGCCGAGUCGCACAAGCUGACCAAGUUUGUGGCGCUGCAUGGUGACGCCUGUGAGCCCGAUGGCAAACCCGAGACUGCCGACCAUAACGCUGAGCUGGAGGAUCACGUCAAGCAAGUCGAUGUCCUGCCCGACUUUCUUACCUUUGAUCCCAGGUGCGAGUUUGCAGCACUGCUUGCGGCAGCUGGUGCGGCGAGCCACGGGCAGUAGUGUUGGGCUACUCGCUGCGGUCGAUUAAGAGCGACGACCACGAGAUCAGAAGCUCGAUAUCACGUUCGAUUGGUGUCACGGUCCGCUCCAAGUAGUGCGAGGCGUAGGAGUACUCGCCGAGCGGCGGAGCAGGUGCCGAGUCUGGCUCAUCCAGCUCCGCUGUCUCUGCAGACGAGGCAUCGGUACCUGAGGACGACGAUGAAUACG